AUGUUUUUUGUUGGGCGUGCGAGAGCGAGACGCAACAUGAUGGUUGGAACGGAAUCGCAGGACGAGCGCAUGUCUACCGAAUCCGGUGGUCUUCCGACAGUUCGUUUGAAAACUUUCGAUCCCACCAGCAACUGCCAAUUAAGCCAAGACGAUGGCGUUUGGAUGACAACUGCGAGUUUCACAAUAUUCACAAUGACGGCAGGUUUCGGAUUGCUCGAAUCCGGACGAGUUUCCCCAAAGGACGAGGUUAAUGUGAUGGUCAAAAAUGUGUUCGACGUGAUAUUCGGAGGUCUCGCUUACUGGAUGUUCGGCUAUGGAUUCACCUUCGGAAGUCUUCAACAUUCAAUGUCAAGAUAUAUUGGAUUGGGGGACUUCUUUUUCGAUCCGGAACGCGGUGAUGAUUACACGAAUGAAAAGGGCGUUUCCUAUGCAUUGUUCAUAUUCCAAAUGAGUUUUGCGACAACAACGUCGACGAUUGUCUCGGCUGGAAUGUCGGAACGAAUUCAUCUCAAAUCGCAUUGUUUCAUUUCAUUUUUUAUCACUCUUAUUCAUGCAAUUGCCGGCCAUUGGGUCUGGGAUCAGGAAGGCGUUUUUCGGCGAAUGGGUGUCAUUGAUUCGGCCGGAUGCAGCGCUGUUCAUUUGGUCGGAGGUACUGCGGGUCUUGUUGCAACCACAUAUCUGAAGCCACGCCGAAAUCGGUUCACGAAAAAUGGGCUUCGAACAGUCAGUGAUCCAACAAAGGCGAUUCUAGGGUUUCUAAUGAUAUGGUGGGGAUGGCUUGCAUUCAACACAGCGUCCAACUAUUCAGUAACACGAGGCCAAUGGUCCGAAGGCACCAGGUCAGCAGUUGGCACCAUAAUGGCGUCUGUUGGAGGAGGAGUUGCUACCGUUGUUAUCACGCGAGUCGCUACUAAAAAGAUACAAAUGGACAUGCUCAUUGACGGUCUUCUUGCUUCUCUAGUGUCCAGCACUGCCGGAUGCUUAUACUUCACCCCUUGGCAGGCAGCAGUCGUCGGGGCUGUUGGAUCGAGUUUAGCUCUCGCCGCAUAUCCGAUAACAGAGUAUUUGCAAAUUGAUGAUCCGGUCGGUGUGAUUCCAGUUCAUUUGAUCGGAUCCAUAUGGGGAAUGAUUUCUCCGGCGAUAUUUGUUUAUCAGAGAGAAAUGAAUUUUGGAUCUGAUCAAUGUUACUUUCAGACGUCUGAAAAUUCAAAUGGUUUAUUACACGGCGGAGGAAUCAAUCUUUUAUUGAUUCAAUUUCUCGCUAUUAUUGUAAUAAUUAUUUAUAGUGGGAUGGCGUCAUUUUUCAUACUUUUCAUGUUGUCUCAUUCCCCAAUAGGUCUUCGAAUUCCGUUAUACGAUGAAGAAUUGGGAGCAGAUCUCGUUGAGCACGGACUUGCCGGUGUUAACCUGAUGACAUAUACAGUUGAGAAGAAAUUGGAUGCGAAAAGAUUGUCUUCGGUUCUCAUGAUGAUUGUUCGCUGGCGAUCAAAAGCGCGAAUCGGGGCGAUUCGAAGAAAACAGAUAUUCGAUAGUGGUGCAAUCACACCACAAAUGCCAUCCGAAGAUGGUGCAAUUCAUCGGAGACGUUGA